ACAGCUCCACAGCACACUCAACAUGAAGUUCUUCGUGGUCGCCGCCCUGCUGGCCGUUGCCGCCGCCGACAGCGCGCCCUCCUACGCGCCCAGGCCCGCCUACCACCCCCAGCCGGCCUACAAGCCCGCUCCCUACAAGCAGGAGAGCUACGACCAGCCGCCCAAGUACGACUACAGCUACGACGUCCACGGAUACGGAGACUACGAGCCCGUCUUCAACGCCCAGGAGGCGCGUGACGGCUACGCCACCCAGGGAUCUUACUCGGUUGUGCUGCCCGACGGCCGUACCCAGACGGUCACCUACCGUGUGGAUGACGCCUACUCUGGCACCAUUGCUGACGUCACCUACGAGGGUGAGGCCCGCUACGACGAGUACAAGCCCAGCUACAAGCCCAGCUACCCUCAGCCCAGCUACAAGCCCAGCUACCCUCAGCCGAGCUACAAGCCCACCUACAAGCCCGCCUACGGCAACUAAGUCAGAAAUACGUGCAUUGUAUGCUUGAAUGAAUUCUGUUUGUGUUGUAUUUAUUGUGUGAUGUCCUUUGUCAAUAAAGCCAAACACCGUUA